AUGGCAGGCCUGGGCCCCGGCGGAGGCGAUUCAGAGGGGGGACCCCGGCCCCUGUUUUGCAGAAAGGGGGCUCUGAGGCAGAAGGUGGUCCACGAAGUCAAGAGCCACAAGUUCACCGCCCGCUUCUUCAAGCAGCCAACCUUCUGCAGCCACUGCACCGACUUCAUCUGGGGCAUUGGAAAACAGGGCCUGCAAUGUCAAGUUUGCAGCUUUGUGGUUCAUCGGCGAUGCCACGAAUUUGUGACCUUCGAGUGUCCAGGCGCUGGGAAGGGCCCCCAGACGGACGACCCCCGGAACAAGCACAAGUUCCGUCUGCACAGCUACAGCAGCCCCACCUUCUGCGACCACUGUGGCUCCCUUCUGUACGGGCUGGUGCACCAGGGCAUGAAAUGCUCCUGCUGCGAAAUGAACGUGCACCGCCGCUGUGUGCGCAGCGUGCCCUCUCUGUGCGGGGUGGACCACACGGAGCGCCGCGGGCGCCUGCAGCUGGAGAUCCGGGCGCCCACCGCAGAUGAGAUCCACGUCACAGUUGGCGAGGCCCGCAACCUCAUCCCAAUGGACCCCAAUGGUCUGUCUGACCCCUACGUGAAGCUGAAGCUUAUCCCAGACCCUCGGAAUUUGACAAAACAGAAGACCCGGACGGUGAAAGCCACGCUAAACCCCGUGUGGAAUGAGACCUUUGUGUUCAACCUGAAGCCAGGAGACGUGGAGCGCCGGCUCAGCGUGGAGGUGUGGGACUGGGACCGGACUUCCCGCAACGAUUUCAUGGGUGCCAUGUCCUUCGGGGUCUCGGAGCUGCUCAAGGCACCCGUGGAUGGCUGGUACAAGUUACUGAACCAGGAGGAGGGCGAGUAUUACAAUGUGCCGGUGGCGGAUGCUGACAACUGCAGCCUCCUCCAGAAGUUUGAGGCCUGUAACUACCCCCUGGAACUGUACGAGCGGGUGCGGAUGGGUCCCUCCUCCUCGCCCAUCCCCUCCCCAUCCCCUAGUCCCACGGACUCCAAGCGCUGUUUCUUUGGGACCAGCCCUGGACGUCUGCACAUCUCUGACUUCAGCUUCCUCAUGGUUCUAGGAAAAGGCAGCUUCGGGAAGGUGAUGCUGGCUGAGCGCAGGGGCUCUGACGAGCUCUACGCCAUCAAGAUCCUGAAGAAGGACGUGAUCGUCCAGGAUGACGACGUGGACUGCACCCUGGUGGAGAAGCGCGUGCUGGCCCUGGGGGGCCGAGGCCCCGGAGGCCGCCCCCACUUUCUCACCCAGCUGCACUCCACCUUCCAGACCCCGGAUCGCCUGUAUUUUGUGAUGGAGUAUGUCACCGGGGGCGACCUGAUGUACCACAUUCAGCAGUUGGGCAAGUUUAAAGAGCCCCAUGCAGCGUUCUACGCAGCGGAAAUCGCCAUCGGCCUCUUCUUCCUUCACAACCAGGGCAUCAUCUACCGGGACCUGAAACUAGACAACGUGAUGCUGGAUGCUGAAGGACACAUCAAAAUCACUGACUUUGGCAUGUGUAAGGAGAACGUCUUCCCCGGGACCACCACUCGCACCUUCUGUGGGACCCCAGACUACAUCGCCCCCGAGAUCAUCGCCUACCAACCCUAUGGGAAGUCUGUUGACUGGUGGUCCUUUGGGGUUCUGCUGUAUGAGAUGUUGGCAGGACAGCCCCCUUUUGAUGGGGAGGACGAGGAAGAGCUGUUCCAGGCCAUCAUGGAACAAACCGUCACUUACCCCAAGUCGCUUUCCCGGGAAGCUGUGGCCAUCUGCAAGGGGUUCCUAACUAAGCACCCAGCGAAACGCCUGGGCUCAGGGCCUGACGGGGAGCCCGCCAUCCGUGCACAUGGCUUCUUCCGUUGGAUGGACUGGGAGCGGCUGGAACGACUGGAGAUCGCGCCUCCGUUCAGACCCCGCCCGUGUGGACGCAGCGGAGAGAACUUCGACAAGUUCUUCACGCGGGCGGCGCCAGCGCUGACCCCCCCAGACCGCCUGGUUCUGGCCAGCAUUGACCAGGCCGAUUUCCAAGGCUUCACCUACGUGAACCCGGAUUUUGUGCACCCCGACGCCCGCAGCCCCGUCAGCCCGCCGCCGGUGCCAGUCAUGUAAUCUCACCUGCCACCACUAGGUGUCCCCAUCGCUCCCUCCCUACACCAGCCUUACCACCUCCCCACCCCCCCACCUCCUUCACCCCCUUUCCAGUUUAGAUCUUGCCCCGCAGAAUUCUGGCCUCUGCCCCGUGGGUGCUAGAUGCCCCUCCCAAGCAUUCCUGGCAUUCUAAACUCCAUACAGUGUCUAGAGCCUCACUGUGUUCUAGACUGCUGUGCUGAGCCCUGGACUCUCACCCACGUCAGUGUUCUGGACUCCGCUCUACCAGAAUCUCCAUCACUAUCCCAACUCCAUGGGGUUCUAGACGCCCUUUUGGUAGAAUCUGUGUCUCUCCUUUUUUUUUUUUUUUUUAAUUUCCUUUCUUCCUGGGAAAUAGACUCAUGGGGUGGGCUGUUCCAGACUUGGAUUCUAGAACAGACCUUCACCUCUGACCUCUACCCCACUCCCCACCAACGACGUCCACUCCAUCUGGAGUAAGCGGGAGGCUGUGCCCCCGUGAUCCAGUGCGCCUCUUCCACACUCUAGGGAUUCCUGGGAUGUAUGAAGAAUCCUUACCCCAGCUGUUCUCAGUCAGCUUUUGUUCUAGACCCCCACCCUAAACCCAUCACUGCUCGCCUGCCAGGUGCAUGGCUCCAGUCCUGCUCGGAACCUCCUCCACCUCGCCUCCCUCCCCGCUCCCGUGCCUGCUACUCUCCGGGACUCUCUCCUCCUCCCCCCUUACCCACUCCUCUCCUCUUUGGCUCUCUCACCCGGCCACAGCUGCUGGAGAAUAAAUUUGGGAUGCUGAUG